AUGCUCAACAAUCUCUACGGCAACCCCCAUUCAGAAAACAAGCCGGCCAAAGUUUCAGGAGACAUGGUCGACGAGAUCCGCCUCAAGGCGUUGCGCUUCCUCGGCGCAGACCCGGAGCACUUUGACCUGGUCUUCACCGCCAACGCCACGGCCGCUAUCAAGCUCGUGGCGGACUCGUUCCGGGAUCUGGCCGAGCAGACGCGCUCCGGCUCUUUUUGGUAUGGCUACCACAGGGAUGCUCAUACGUCUCUUGUUGGCGUGAGGGAGUUCACCCGCAACGGCGAGCACCACGUCUUUGCGCACGAUCAGGAGGUGGAAGCCUGGCUUGAGCACCCUGGGGCUUACCACAGGGCGAUUGACAGGGUGAGCAGCCUGGGCUUGUUCGCCUGGCCGGGCCAGUCGAAUUUGACGGGGAGGAGACUGCCGCUCGAGUGGGCUGGGCGGGUUAGGAGAUUGAGGGAGAUUCAAGGGACGUACACGCUACUGGAUGCGGCCGCGCUGGCGAUGACAUGUGAUAUGACGCGGGUGUUUGGUGACCCGUCUCAAGCACCGGAUUUCACUUGUGUGAGCUUUUACAAGAUAUUUGGCUUUCCGGAUCUUGGGGGGUUGAUUGUCAGGAAGGACUCGGGGCAUAUCUUGACGUUGAGGAAGUAUUUUGGGGGAGGGACGGUUACCAUGGUGAAGACGUUGGGUGGUGGGCCGGUGUGGCAUAUUUCCAAGGGGGCGGAGAUGACGGAGGAGGGGGGGUUGCAUGAUGGGUUGGAGGAUGGGACGUUGCCGUUUCAUAGUAUUUUGGCGCUGGGGGAGGCGAUUGAGGUGCAGAGGGAUUUGUAUGGGAAUAUGGAGAAUGUGUCGAGGCAUGUGACGGGGUUGGUGGUGAGGUUGUAUGAGGGGUUGAGGGGGUUGAGGCAUGGGAAUGGGGGGGAGGUGGUGAGGGUUUAUGAGGAGGGGGGUGAGGAGGUGACGGGGUAUGGGGAUUCGAGGAGGCAGGGGGGGACGGUGGCGUUUAAUGUUUUUGGGGAGGAUGGGGGGGUGGUGAGUUAUGAUCGAGUGGAGGGAUUGGCGAACGAGAGGGGGAUUUAUGUUAGGAGUGGUGGUGAGUUUUAUCUCAGGGGAGGUUUGGGGAAGAAGGAUGCUAACAUUGAUCUAGGGAUUUGUUGUCCUGGUGGGAUUUUUACUGCGUUGCAGUAUGAGCCGUGGCAGUUGAAUAGAGCCAAAUCGGCUGGGCAUCGGUGUGGUGAGUCUACUAUGAAACUUCUCGCCAUGUUGGACAUGCUGACACUCUUCACAACAGGUCCCCAUGGUUUAGGUGUAAUCAAUGAUCUCCCGACAGGGUACAUCUCCCCCUCCCUUUUGCACCUUCUUUCCACGAUACUAACAACACCUCCAGCGUCGUACGAGCGAGCCUCGGAGCAAUGA